UACGACGGAUGUUAAAUCAGUAUCUCUUGUUUAAUUUAGUUAGCUUGAUUGUUGGAGAUUGUUUUUGAGAACAGAAGACUGAUUUGAAUCAUAUUACAGCAACAGAAUGGCGUUUGCAUGUUUUCAAUGCAACUUAGCGAGCAGUCAGUGAAGUCUAGGCGUUAAAGAAAAGCUUUCCGUCAGGUUAUUGAGCUAAAGGUGUAUCAUUUUUUUCAUUAUGAUGAAAUUUAACUUCAGACGGGAGAAAAACACGGAGUUUAAGCACAUAGCUCAUGGUUUGAUUCCUUCUGCCUCCAUCGCUCCUAAAGCAGCUGUGCCUCGUACUCCUCCCCCCCAAAGCCCCGACCCCUCACCUGAGAGACAUAGAUCAGCAUUAGCUGCAGCUAUUCUGUCUUCCUCGCUCACUGGACAGACGUGGGCCAUCCCGCCCGCUCGGCCAAGGUCCUUCUCUGAAACAGAUCGUUCAGAAUCCUUCAUAUCUGAGCCAAACCUCAGAGACAGAUGGUCGCAUGAUUUGGCUGGUCGGCCACACCUUUCUUCUCCUGACCACUCUGAGGGGGAGCUUGAAGAUGGUGAAGAGGACGUUGACAACCAAGAUGAUAUGGAGGAACAUGUCUAUCAAACUCUGGACAGACAGGAGGAUUUUAGAGUGUCAAAAACUUCCUGUGACCUUCCUCUAGAAGCAAAGUCCAGUACACCUCCGGCUGCUCAGAUGUCAGGUAGAAGAGUGCCAUCUCCAGACCUCACUGAGGAAUCAAGUGGCCCAUCUCCUGAAACCACAGGGAAGAGAGAGCCUCUCAGAAAGAGCCCUGAAAAUCAAAAGGAAGACAUGCGAGCCCUACCGCCCAUCCCAACCACUAACAGGCCCAGCAGUGCUAAAAUGCCAAAACAGCCCAUCCACUCAUCUCCAGAGCCUAACAAACUAUACAGUGAGCUGCAGAAACAGAAGAAAACCAAGACGACCCAUGAAGAAAAUCAGCUGGAAAAGAGGCUGCAGCGCCUGGAGCGGGAGAUCAGUCACAGCCAAGCUUCUUCAAACCUGAGAUCCUCUGCAGCAGGCAGCCAGGCAGAGCUACAGAGUCUGAGACAGCAGGCGCAGGAGCUGGUGGAUGAAAACGAUGCCCUGAAACUGACCGUUCACCGUCUGAAUGUAGAGCUGAGCUGCUACCAAGCUCGGUUCAGACCACUGUCAGAACAAGAGGGGUUUUCUUGUGAUCAUCUCUGGCUGUUUGCUUCCUCUGUGGCAGUGGUCUCUAGCUCCAAAAUCAAAGGCAUACCAAGCACAGGUUCUCCUCCAUGGCUGCUUGACAUGAAGUACUUAUGCCCUUUGCUUCUGGCCUAUGAAGACAAUAUGAAUGAGAAGGAAGCACUUCUGCAAACCACGGAGGAGGAGGUGACCAAGCUGCGAGCUCAGGUAGAUGAAGUGAUGAAAGAAAAUGAGAGGCUCCAUGAUAAAAUUACCAAGAUGGGCGUGGUCAGCCAGAAGGACUGCCAGCUGAUUCAGCAGCAGGCAUUUGUGGUUUUGCAGGAGAACCAGGUUCUGAUUGAUCAGCUGGAGGCUCAGUAUGAAAAGGCCAAGGCCAGUCACAGCAGACACCAGUCUGAAGUAUCAAAAAUGUCUAAGCAGCUCAUGAUGUUGGAGGAAGAGAAGGAGCGUUUGCAGGAGGAUCUGGAAGAAAGCAGACGGGAGUUACAGAAACAAAUGAAGGAGGUUCAGCUUCAGCAGGCUCGCCUGAAGGAUGUCGUCACCUGGGAUGAGCACUGCAGCAUUGCAGGGAAACUCACAAGACAGCUGGAAGAGCAGGAGAGCAGAAAUAAGAGCGAAAAGGAGCAGCUGCUUCUUAAAAUGUCCGGUCUACAAGAGGAGAACAGGAGUCUGGCUUUGGACAAAGCCAGACUGACUGCUGAUGUGAAGACAGUGAAGACUGAGCUGGAAAACUGCAAACAAGCAAACAGGAAGGCUGAGAGGAGGAUAAGUACACUCAAGAGACAAAAGGAAGAGAAUUUGCUGAAGGAGGAGAAGGCCCGUCAUUACCUGGAAGCUGUUAUUUCUGUGGCAGAUCACAUUUCCAGGGAAAGAGACCUUCUACUACACAUGGCAUCUGGGCUUCAGCAAGAAAAGCAGGGAUUUGUCGGCAGAAUUCUGAAUGGGACGGUCCGGUUCAGCAAGCUACAAGACGAACUCAAAGUAUACCGGAGGCAGGCGUCAACCAGGCUGGCAGCGUUGGAGGAGGCUGUGGAGGGGAGGACAGCUUCUCACCAGAGGGAGAUCUUUCACCUGCAGAAGCUGCUGAGAGAAAGACAGGAGGCUGAGGAAAAACUGCUGCAGUCCAAACGGGAAGUAGUGGAGGAGCUGGAGGUGGUGUGGCAGGCAGCAACGCGGGAGAACCAGCACAUGAGGAAGACGCUGUUGGACACAAAACUGAGCGGGGACUUGUCAGGCUGGGCCCUUUCUGCUGCUGUCUCUCCUGACUUCCCUGCCCAGGCUUCAGAGGACACCGCCCAAUCCUCCCAGCUUCAGCAUAAGCAUGAGGUGGAUUUCUAUUCCUAAAACCUAGAGACUAAACCUGCAGGGGUCUUUGCCAGCACAGAGGAUGGUAUUAGAAUCUGGGUCAAGCUUUUUUUAAUCUAUUUUUAAAACUGUUAUAAAAGAAGAGCAAGUAAACAGCAAAAGUAGGAAGAAAUGUAUGUACAGAAGGGAUAUUAUGUUGGCCUGAAAAAGCACCUUUCUGAUCUUCUCAGUUUCACAUUGUAGCUGGACACCUACUUCCUAUUUUCAUAUUUGUCUUUUCUUUCACAAAUGUGUCAAGAACAACUGAGAGACUGAUAUGAAGAGUUAAAGGGGUAGGUAAAACCAAACUGACAUUUACUGGAGUCAAGAUGCAAUGGUGCCAUCUACUGGACACAAUAUGGCAAUUACACUAUUACUGUAGAUAAAGAUCACGUUAAUGACCAUCCAUUGA